CUUGUUGCCUCUAAGGGCCGUUUGCUAUGGCGAACUACAAAGAGGCACCCUUGGCCACUCGGCCAAAAACAUUAGACCCUGCUGAAUACUUUAACCUCUCGCCCGAGUACAGACGGAUUGAGGAGGAUCGGGCUGCACUUAGGGCUCGGCUGAAGAGAGAGUAUCUGAUGCAACUAAACAAUCCUCACAGGAAAGAACUUAUUGAGGAUCCUGCCCUCACAAGGUGGACGCACGCACGUACGCAUAAUAUAUAUCCCAACUUCAGACCCUCAGCCAAAACCUCGUUGCUUGGAUGCUUGUUUGGGGUUGCUCCCCUGAUUAUGUUGUACUUCGGGCUGAAGACAGACCGCGACAAGAGGGAGGAGAAAGUUAAGGCAGGAACCUAUCAGCGCCCAUACAAAAUCUCAUCCUAACUGUAAUCUAUAGAAUUCCAUGACAGAUGUCUAUGAUGAUGUACUAAGAAAUUUGUUUGAAUAAAUGUCCUUUAUUGUUGAAA